AUGUUGAAAUCUUCAGAUUCGCAGAUCUAUACGAUAUCAGCUCCUGGAACCAGCAUCAAGGAAAUCCAAGCUGCAGAUAACACCUAUACAAUGGCAAAAAGAUUCAAGACCACCGCCGGCGCAUACAACGACCGGACGGCCAACUGGCCGCAGAGAAAUCAACGGCACAACGAAAGGCCAAAAAACCAUAGCCAAAAAGUAGAUCGACUCAAGAUUAAUCGAAAUCCUAAGGCGGAUAAUGAGAUUGGAGCAGCUAAGGAACGAAUUAUGGAGGAAGAAAUGAAGGCAGAAGCCCAUAGAAAUGAAAUGAGGCACAGCUGGAAUGAGAUGCGAUAA